AAUUAUGGUAUGGAUAGAUAAUAUGUACAUUUUGGUCUUGGCUGCUGUCAUUUACUAUUGAGUGGGACAUUUGGCUAUUAUUGUGGUGAAUUUACGCAACCUCGAGUCUACAGAUGGUAUAAUUGUUGUUUCCCACCGAAUUGCAAACAUGCCUAUGGGCAAAAACAAGCUGAAUUUGACGAUUACGUGCGCCGAACCGUCACAGGAUUCUGCGGAGAAGCAGAAUGGAGCUGCAAACUUGGAAGCAUUACAACAGAAGCUGAAGGAAUUGGAUAUCGAUGACCAGCAGCGAGAAAGACUCGAGCUCUUCCUGACCCAGAAACAGAAGGUCGGAGAGCUUGUGGAAGAAGACUUUGAAAAGCUGGGAGAGCUUGGUGCAGGAAAUGGAGGAGUUGUUACCAGAGUCCGACAUAAACCCACUGCCUUGAUCAUGGCCCGAAAACUCAUUCACUUGGAAAUCAAACCUGCUGUUCGGAACCAGAUUAUCCGAGAGCUGAAAGUUCUGCACGAGUGUAACUCGCCAUACAUUGUUGGUUUCUACGGAGCAUUUUACAGUGACGGGGAGAUCAGCAUCUGCAUGGAGUAUAUGGAUGGAGGCUCGCUGGACCUUAUUUUAAAGAGAGCAGGAAGAAUACCAGAACCAAUAUUAGCUGUGAUAAACAACGCAGUGUUAAAAGGACUGUGUUAUUUACGAGAGAAACACCAGAUUAUACACAGAGAUGUGAAACCAUCAAAUAUUUUGGUGAACUCGAGAGGAGAGAUAAAAAUCUGUGAUUUUGGCGUCAGUGGGCAGCUGAUCGAUUCAAUGGCAAACUCUUUUGUUGGUACAAGAUCGUAUAUGGCACCUGAGAGGUUGCAGGGCACACACUACUCAGUUCAGUCGGAUAUCUGGAGUCUAGGAUUAUCACUCAUCGAGAUGUCGAUUGGUCGCUACCCAAUUCCACCUCCUGAUCCAAAUGAUUUGAGCAGCAUAUUUGGUGAAAACUGCAUGGAGGAACAUAUUGAAGCUGCAAGAACAGGGAGACAUCUGCAAGGAAGCAGAAAUAAUUUUGUGUGCCUGCCCGGUGCGGAUGGACCCCGACCCAUGGCCAUAUUUGAGCUUUUAGAUUACAUUGUAAAUGAGUCACCUCCAUCUCUUCCUAAAGGAAAGUUUUCUGUUGAGUUUGAAGAUUUUGUUGAAAGAUGCCUCAAGAAGAAUCCCAAUGACAGAGCAGAUUUGCAGUCAUUAAUGAAUCAUCCUUGGGUUAGGAAAUUUGAAAAUACUGACUUCAAAAUUGGUGUUUGGGUUUGUAAGGUGAUGAACAUCAAACCAGAUUCAAAAAGCUGAAGAAGAAGUAAAAAAAAAAAAACAAAGAAAGAAAAAAAUUAUAUUGUGAUGAAUAUUGUUUUUAUGUUUCAUGUAACCCCCAAUAAUGGCGGACAAACAGACACCCAAGGCUGUCAUAAAUGGCAAACUACUUGCAUUUACGUCAACUCUUGAGUUGCUCUACCACCUAUCUACACAGCAUGGUGCGGAUAGGACUAAGGAAUGAAACGGAAUCAGAAAUUUGUAUUGCUAGCACCUCCAGAUGUUGUCAUCAUCAUCAUCAUCAUCCUCAUCCUCAUCCUGUGGAUGUUUGGCAGCCCUGUUGUUCUAGUAUCGUGAUAUUAAUAUAUAACUUUGAUACAGUUUUCACAUGGGCUCAAACGUUUUGUUGUUUUAAAUAUUCGUUUCUGAUGUUUGUGAAUGUCUUGUCAGUGGUAAUUAAGUCAUUUUGUCAGUGUCCUGCAACAACUCCAAAGAAAUAUUACAUCAGAACAGUGCUUGUUAAUAGGGCAACAGGUUUUUCAGCGACAUACAUUAUUGACCAGUUAAUAAAAAUAAAUGGCUAUAGAACAUUUCAUAUCUAUUUACAGUAUACUUAGUUAAAUAUUAAACACAUACUUUAUUAUUAGGUGGGAAAAAAUAUACCUUAAGAAAAAGUGAAAUAUAAUCAGAUUAAACAUCAGUAACAGUGUAUUCUACUUGGCAAAGAAAUACAUAAUAAUUAUGUAUUGAGUAGUUGAUUUUGAUAUGUGUAUAUACGUAUUUUGAUACAACUUUAGUUGCAGGCCCAAAGAUUUCAUAUUUUCUUUUGCCGUGUGGUUGAAAAUGGUGAAAAAUAUUUCCAAUUUAAAUUUUUCACUCCAAAAGUAACCUUGUCGAUAGGUGUCAUAAUAAAAUGGAUUACUAUUUA